AUGGAGACAAAGUGUCUGAUGCAGCAGCAAAUUCAGUGCCGCUUGGAAAUCCGACCCACACCUGAAGUGUCCUUGAGUGGUCAACGAACAACAGCAUCCUCCUAUACAGAAGAUUUCCAGGAAAAUACCGGAACUCUUCCGGAAGACUUCCCGGAAACUCCCGGAACUCCAAUCCAGAAGUUGCUCCACAAACAACAAAAUAACACCGUCGGGCGAUCGGUUAGGUGCUUUAUCGUUUUCGCAGAUUCGGGAAACAACAAUGUUGUCAAUUUGGCGACCAUCAGCUGCAAUGGCAAAACAGUGUUAUGCAGUUACAAGGAUUCCACGGAUCUCGAAGCGAAAGGUGCAAAAAUCAUCCGGAUCGUGCUGUUUAGGAACACAUGCAGCACAGUUCGGACGGCCGCUGUCCGGGCAAAGCAGAUAAUCAUGUCCGCAAUUAUGCCUUUUCACAAGCACCGGGGAUCUGUUAAAUAUCAUCGCCAGUCGGAAAACAUUUUAAGCUGUCGGUUCCGAAAAGCUUCGCAAAAGUUGUACGGAAACCAGAAUUUUCCGCCAGCAGAGUGGAGCAGUAACAUAUUUUCAUCCAGAAGACGUAGCAUUCCAGCAAAUAAGAGCGAAGUAUAACAUCAUCCAGCUCAAGGGUUUGCCCGAAUGAUUCUUCUCCAAACAUCCACAUCCAAACCAAGAUGACCUUUGGACUAAGUUUUGACCCUCAAUUCCACAAGUAGCCGUUUGCGGGUUUCCAACUGGCAGAAAAAGUAAUCCAAAAUUCGGUUUGCCGACUAAAACGAAACGCAGAAUAGUGCUUGUGGAUUGUGUUUUGCCAAUGCCGGAAGUGUAGUGAAAGUUGUAUUUUUUUUUAUCUGCCUUAAAAUGAAUUGAAGAAAAUAAAAAUGAUAAUUCAAAAACUGUUUA